GUAAAAUCCUUAGAAGUGAACCCCUAAGGCGGGUACACACCGGAGCAUUUAGGUGUAAUGUAACGCUGUAAUGUAACUGUAAUGCUCAAGUGUGUACGGUGUUACUGUAUCAUUCGUGAGUGCUCGGCUCGCGAAGUCGUCGAUCCACCCGAGCGUCGGUAUUUUGACGAACAUCAAAGGGAUAUUACAUUACGAAUCGACGCUAGUGUGUACGGUAAACCAGUUGCUCGCAGCGAAUCGCCCUGAUCGCUUACCUCUGCUGAGCUGUUUUCAGUUAAGUUUUUCUUUUUGAAUUUUUUCAUAAUUUUCUUUUAAAAAAUGGAGUGGGACAAUGAGAAGGUGUUAGAACUCAUUGAGUGCUACAAAAAUAAAACCGUUUUAUGGUUUCCAAAGGACCCAAAAUAUUAUAAUAAAGUAGCAAAAUCGGAUGCGUGGGAAGAUUUGGCUAAACAAAUGAAGACCACAACUGAUGAAUGCAAAAAAAAAAUGAUCAGCCUUAAUGCAUCAUUUCGGCGAGAAAAAGCAAGAGUGAAAAAUAGCCAGAGAACUGGCUCAGGAACGGAUGAAGUUUAUGAAAGUUCAUGGUUUGCCUUCAAAAGUUUGGCCUUUAUUAUGGAUAAGGACAAUCCACGACCUACAUUAAACACGGUAAGUAAAAAUUAA